UCUCAAAAUGAGGCAAAGUUCCGUAGCUUUUGUAGUGACAGUAGCAUUCAUCUUAUUCGUCGCUUUCCACGAACCGGUGUGUGCCACUAACAACUACCUCUGGGGCGAAAUUGGGGCCAAUGACUACAAGCUAGCCAAAGAUACAGUCAAGAAAGCAUUUUUUGUUGGUCUGGUACAAACUAAGAAAUAUGUUUUUAAACAGUCGGACAACCUAGACGCGUUAACUAUUACUGCCAUUCAAAUCACUGACAAAAAGAAAAAUAAUGGAGCCACUGCCGAGCUUAUAAGCGGUGGCCCUGGUUCGAAGGGUGCUACAAUUUUAUUUAAUUCAGUGCGUGGCUAUGGCAUUAACGAUGUUGUUGAAAUAUGGGGCCGAUAAAGUGUAACAAAUUUAAAAUUUAACACCACACCAACUAUUAUGAUGUAUAGUAUUCCACUUUACUUUCUCCAUAAUAAAUGAGAUACGCAGCAAUAAAA